CCGCAUCCUUCCUCCGCAUCCUCGUCCUGCGACCGCAUCCUGCAACAGCUGCCCGUUGGAGCCGCCUGACAAGGACCACCGUUCACCAUGGUGAAGCUGGGUUGCAGCUUCUCUGGGAAGCCGGGCAAAGACCCUGGAGACCCGGAUGGGUCUACCACGGACAGCGUCCCUCUGAUCAGUCCCCUGGAUGUCAGCCAGCUCCAGCCACCAUUCCCUGACCAGGUGGUUAUCAAGACACAGACGGAAUACCAGCUGUCCUCCCCGGACCAGCCAAAGAAGUUCCCCGACCUGGAGGCCCAGAAGCUGGCCUGUAACCACCCAGAGGAAGGGCGCAGGCUGCCCACCGCACGGAUGAUCGCCUUUGCCAUGGCGCUCCUGGGCUGCGUCCUAAUCAUGUACAAGGCCAUCUGGUACGACCAGUUCACUUGCCCCGACGGCUUCCUGCUUCGGCACAAGAUCUGCACCCCGCUGACCCUGGAGAUGUACUACACCGAGAUGGACCCCGAGCGCCACCGCAGCAUCCUGGCAGCCAUCGGGGCCUACCCGCUGAGCCGCAAGCACGGCACGGAGACACCCUCGCCCUGGGGGGGGAGCUACCGCGCAGUCAAGGAGGGGCCCAAGGCGCCCACCCAGGCUGGCGCGGCGGGGGCGGCGGCGGCGGGGGCGGGGGCGGCGGCCACCGAGCCCCCAGGCAAGGCCUCCGCGCUGGGAGAGAAAGAGGCGGCGCGGAAGGCGGCAGGCAGCGUCCCGCCCCCGGCCCCCCAGUGAAGGCCUCCCGCACCUGCAGCCCGGCGCCCCGCGCCGGCACCUGUGACAGCCCUCGCCCGACGCUCUCACAUCCUGUGGUCGUGCCCCUGCUUCCAGGACCCCUUGCUGAUGCCCCCUGCCCCCUGAGCUUCUAGCUCUGUUGCUUUUCUCUAAGUAAAGAUUCACAUCCAC